UUUGAACUAGUUUGAUCCGGAACGACACAACUCAAGUUUUUGGGUGUUUGGUUGGUGUUUGACGAGUGUGUGCCUACCAUUAUUUAAUUGAAUUCAAUUAAAAAACGUACACAAUUUACGCAAAGGAGAAAAUAACAACAAAAACAAGCUGUGAGGAAUUUGAUUUAUUUUGCUGGAAUGAGGAUUUCUUUUAUUGCUCUGGAAAUUAAAUUUAAUUGACUCUGAAUCGGAGGAAACAAUCGAACAAAUAAAAGUUCGUUGGAAGAAAGCAAAACAAAUUGAAGUUGGUCGAAAAAAUACGUCCCCCAACGCAUUUGCAGUUAUUAUUGUUUAUGUUAAUGAUUACCUGGUAGGCCUGACUAUAUACAGCUGACGGCGGUGGUGGGUGUUAUGUGGAAUCUUGAUUGACACUUGAUGGAUAUCGAAGCACAUCAUACUUGCUAAAUUUGAAGAUGUAUUGCCUUUGUUCUGUAAGGCAUACCCAAUGUUGUAGACUGCCAUUCUCGAAGCGCUACUGAAAGGGCGUAAAAUAGACACAAAACAAAUGUAUAUUCAAGCGCACACAAGUUAUUUUACAAUUGUGGAAUAUGGCGCAAUUUCAUUUAUACUCUAAUAGCCACAAUAAGCAUAGCACAUCUUCUGAACCAAUCAUCGAUGUAAAUCGGGUUGACAGUGAGCAUGUUCCGCUUUGUUCGGUUAACGAUGUCCAGUUGCGGUUUUUGGUUCCAGAUGACUUGGCCGAGGUUCGAACGUUAUGCCAAGACUGGUUCCCCAUCGACUAUCCAUUAUCCUGGUAUGAGGAUAUAACUUCCAGUUCUAGAUUUUUCUCAUUAGCUGCUGUAUAUAAUUUAGCUAUAAUAGGAUUAAUUGUAGCUGAAAUUAAACCAUAUCGAAAUCUAAACAAAGAGGAUAAAGGCAUCUUACCCGAUAAUAUGGGUAAAACUGCUGAUAUUGGAUAUAUUUUAUCAUUGGGUGUACAUCGAAAACAUCGACGAAAUGGUAUUGCAUCGUUAUUAUUGGAUGCUCUGAUAAAUCAUUUGACAACGGCCGAAAGACAGUCGGUAAAAGCAAUAUUUUUACAUGUGUUAACUACAAAUCAACCUGCCAUAUUAUUUUAUGAAAAACGAAGAUUUAGUCUGCAUUCUUUCCUGCCUUACUACUAUCAUAUACGGGGCAAAGGUCAACGUGAUGGUUUUACUUAUGUAACCUAUAUCAAUGGUGGUCACCAGCCAUGGACGUUAUUAGAUCAUAUUAAAGAUUAUGCAUCGAAGUUACGACACACCGGCGAAGUUUUCAAAUGGGUCUCGACACGUGUCAGACAAGUGGUACGAUGGAUAUGCCAUAAAACUGUAUCACGAUUUAAUUUUGCCCAUUAAAUGCAACGAACCCCGGAGUAUGAAUGAUGGACCCAGCAAUAUGGACACACAAUUCGAGUAUGUUUGCAGUGUCAAUAUAUGCAAAAGAAAGCCGAAAUUAUGUAAAUGUAUUACAAUAGAUUACAGACUAACUACAAAUAUAUCAUGUAUAAUAUUCUUAUUAAUUUUUUUGCUUAAUAUUAAAUUAUUUAAAAACCUAUUUAUUGUUGAGCAUAAAAACCGUAUCUACAAUAUUUCGACCAACUGAGAACUCCCUGUAAUCAUUAAUCAAAGAUAAAUUCCAAAUUAUAUAUUACUCAUUAAUUUAA